UUAAGGAGAGUGUCAGAAUAUUCACGGAUUUUCUGCAAGGAUAGCCAUAUUUUGGGACCAUGAAAAUGUGUCGGUUUAAGCAGGAUGUUGGAAUACUUUGGGUGUCGGAUAAGACAGGUUGCACUGUACCUUUAACUAAUUCGAAGGAGCUAAACUGUAACCAGUAACUUAUAGAAAUGAAUAUUAACUUCGAAGAGAAAAUUGCUCUUGUCACUGGUGCCGGUAAAGGUAUCGGACGCUGUAUCGCUCUUAGGUUAUCAAAGCUUGGAGCGAAAGUCUAUGCUGUUAGCAGGACCCAGGCAGAUCUUGACAGCUUAAAAGUGGAGGAUCCAUCGAUUGAAACACGAUGUUUAGAUAUUGGAAACUGGAACAACACAAGGAAAGUGAUUGAAGACGUAGGAAAAGUAGAUCUCUUAGUAAAUAAUGCUGCAAUUAUUAGGUACAAAUCUGUUCUUGAAACAACAGAAGAGCUCAUUGACGAACAUUUUCAAGUGAAUGUUAAGGCAGCUUUGAACAUAUCUCAGAUCGUCGCCAAAGGAAUUAUUUCACGGAAAGGAAGUGGGGCAAUUGUGAAUAUUUCAAGUAUCUGCGGUAUUAUAACUAUGCCUGGUUGUCCUGUUUAUUGCAGCACGAAGGCAGCCAUUGAUAUGCUCACAAAGUCUAUGGCAUUAGAGUUUGGACCUUUCAAGAUUCGAGUAAACAGCUGUAGCCCAGGCGCAGUAUUAACAGCCAUGAACAAGAAGAUUUUUUCCUCCCAGGAACUUAAAGAUUCUGUUACAGGAAGAAUACCGAUGGGACGAUUCAUAGAACAAGAUGAAGUUGCAAAUACAGUUGCAUUCCUGCUCAGUGACUAUGCAUCUAUGAUAAAUGGUGCAUUGGUGCCCGUGGACGGAGGAAACAUGAUACAUAUAUCACCUAACCCUAUCCAGAAGUUAAAAUAGCAGGUCCAAAAGGCUCAAUAAUUACAAAUGGACUGUGUGGGGUUCUUCAUAGUGAUGUUAUUAACACUGACUGCAUAUUAUUAACCCUACAACAUAUAUAACAAUAAUAAAAUACACAUUACAUAGACAACACAUAACAACAUAAAACAGACUUAUAGACAAAGGGGAAUAAGUCAAAUAUAUUCCAAUGAUAUUAUUGUCCUUAUAUUAAAGUGAAAUGCACAAAUAACCAUGCGCUCUAAAGUAUUAUACAUAAGCAUGAGCACUAUCAAUCGCAAUGUUAGUGUUCCAAAAUUACAUAUAAACACUAUAACACUAUACAGUUACAAAUAUACAAGACAAUUACAAAGUAAAACAUGUAAAUAAACUCAUCAUAGAUACCAGGAUCAAAAUUUUAUAUUUAAGCCAGACGCGCGUCUACAUCAUCAGUGACACUCGAAUCUAAAAAUGUUUAAAAGGCCAAAUAAAGUAAGAAGUUGAAGACCAUUACACAUUCCUUACCAUAUGCGUAGAACCAUCUACUUGAUUCCUAUCGUAACCAAUUCAAUAUCAUAAUCUGAAUACAAUUACCAUAACAUUCAUCAGACCACUGACCUGGACAUUACUCUUACAUUGAGUAAAACACACUGUACUCAAUAAAAUUUCCAUCUUAGUAUCAGAUCUCUGUACUUAUAGGAUAGGAAGAUGUGGUGUGAGUGCCAUGAGACAACUCUCCAUCCAAAUAACAAUUUAUAAAAGUAAUCCAUUAUAGGUCAAUGUACGGCCUUCAACACGGAGCCUUGGCUCACAUCAAACAGAAAACUAUAAAGGGCCCAAAAUUACUAGUGUUAAAUCAUUCAAACGGGAAGCCCAACGGUCUAAUAGAAACGAGAAACACGUAUAAAUUACAUAAACAAACGACAAGUUCUGUACAUCAGAUUCCUGACUUAGGACAGAUGCAAAUAUUUGCAGCUGGAUUAAACGUUUUAAUGGUACCAAACCUUCUCCCUUUUUACUAAUGUACUUUUAAGUGUAAAUAAAAUUAUGAAGUUUAUAUACUGUUUUAAAUGAUUUAUUCUAUUUGACAUUUACCAAAUAUGUUUGACUAAUAAAGGUUAAUAUUUUAA